UCCCUCUCGCGAGCACGGACACCCCGUGCGCAUGAGGGCCGCGGCGAUUUGGUUCGGGACCCGAGAAGAUGCUCGUGGUGAUAGAUCAUCGCGCUUCCUGGCCACAUUGUGUCACUUUUGCCCAGCUAUCGCUAGGUCGGUGGGAUUGAAAUCAUGAUUCGCGGAAGGACGAAGGACAGGAUGGAUUGCGGGCUGAGAGACGCGAAUUCGCCUAUAAAGGAAUGUGUCGAUCUUGCCUUCGGGUGUUUGAGCUCGAAGGAUGGUCUUGCAGACUUGAAUUGGGCGGGAAUUGGGGGGACGGACGGAAGGAAGAAAGGAAAGAAGAGAAUUCCGUAUCAUUUUUGGGUUUUAGAAAGGGGAAGAACAUGAUCGAGUUCGAGAGUGUAGCCCAUGCCGAGGCCGCACUGAACCGCUCGCUCGGCCCCAUGGAGCUGAAGUGGUUCGAAUGGACCGCGGAUGUCAGCGAUUUUCAUCUGUACCUCGUCAACUUUGUCUUCCUUCUGAUCAUUUUCACUGUGGCUCCUUUCCCUUCAUUCUUCUUGGACGUGUAUGAAAUUAAAUGUUUCGAGAAAUACAGGAUUCAACCGGGCGUGCACAAUACUAAGUCGGCAGCCUUCAAAUGCUAUAAAGACACGAUGAAGCUUUUUUUCUUCGUCAUGUUGCCAUUGGUUGUCUUUUCGUAUUCCGUCUUCAAGAUGUUGGGUUUAAGUGCGGGCAUACCACUUCCCUCUCUUCAAACUGCUAUCCUGCAGCUGGUCACCUACUUCAUCGUCGAGGAUUAUACGAACUAUUGGAUUCACAGAUGGCUUCACUCGGAAUGGGGCUAUAACAACAUUCAUCGUGUUCACCAUGAAUUUGCUGCUCCACUGAGUUACGGAUUUGCGUAUGCGCACGUCGCGGAAAUGCUCUUACUUGGCAUUCCCACAUUUCUGGGUCCAGCUAUUUGUCCGUGUCACGUAAUCACUCUCUACUUUUGGAUAGCUUUACGGCAACUCGAAGCUACCGAUAUACACAGCGGUUACGACUUUCCGUUCUCCUUGACUAAGCUGAUUCCUUUGUAUGGAGGAGCUGAAUAUCAUGACUACCACCACUACAUCGGUGCUAAAACCCAGAGUAACUUCGCCUCCGUCUUCACGUACUGUGACUGGCUUUAUGGUACAGACAAGGGUUAUCGGUAUCACAAGGAAUUGCUGAGAAAGAUGAGGAAGGAAAAAACCACUUAAUACUGAAACUGCGGUGAACGCCUCGAUUGAAGACAAGGGAAUCAAGAAAUUGUGACAAUGGAAAGUCUAGUGGAAUUUGACGCGUGCAUGUGUUCAGGAUAGAUGAGAGUUAAUGGAUCUAAUGGCUGAGGUAUGGAAUUGCUCUAUAUCUGUAAGCCAAGUCCAUUUUCAAAAGCUUAUGUACAAGAUUAUUGAAUAAAUUAGAGAAAU